GUGCGCACGCCGCUCUUGGGGCGGGGCCUCCCGUCAGCCGGCAGGGGGCGCGCACCUGACCGGGAGUCGACGAUUUCAUGGAGGGGGCGGAGGCCGGGGAGCGGGCCGCGGUGGCCCAGGAUCUGCUCGCCCUGGGGUAUGAGGGUUUCCUGGGGGCGGCGCCUCUGGGCACCCCGUGCCCCGACUUCAGGGCGCUGUGCGCGCGGCUGGCGGCGGAGCUGGCGACUCUGGGAGCCUGGAAGCGGGAGGAGGGCGCUGGGACGCUGAGCGCCGGCGACGGCCCCGGGGAGGAGGAAUUUCUGCGCCAGUUGGCGGGCCUGCUACGGGAGUUGCACUGCCCAGACCAAGGGCUCUGCGGCAGAGACUGCGCGGCAGCUCUGCGGAAGCCUGGCGCGUGCCUACGCCUGCUGCGCUUUCUCUGCUCCGAGCUCCAGGCUGCCCGCCUCCUCCGCCUGCAUGCCCGGCGGAAUCCCAGACCUGUGCUGCCCGGUUGGGAAGGAGCAGAGAAGGGAGCUGGAGUGGUCCAGGAACUUGUCCUUACCCUCCAAGCUCUGGGGCUGCCCAGACCCACGCAGGGGACCCUUGCCAGCCAGCUGCUGUGGGAGUUGCAUGCCAAGAUCUCAGAGCUGCUGCCUUCCCUGCCCCCAGGGUCCCUGCAGGCCCUCCUCAGCCACCCGCUGGAUGCACCUAGAUGGGAGGCACUGGAGUUUCUGUCCCAAAGGCUGGGAGAUCAGUAUUGCUGCCGCCGCCGCCUGCUCCUCAAGCGCUUGGACCUCACAAUAUCUGCUUUCUAUUGGAGUGACAGGGCAGAGGCCCAAGGAGAGGUCAUAAAGGCAGUGCUGACCCCAAUUCAAGAGGUUCUGACUCCAGCAUCAGAUGUCUCCAUUGCACACGUCCUGGCUGCCCGAGCUGACCUGUCUCAUCUUGUCCCAGCCACCAGCAAGGCUGCUCGUCAGGGGACCUGCUGUGCCAUCAACAAGGUGCUUAUGGGCAACAUGCCAGACCGGGGGGGCCGCCCAAGUGAGCUGGAGGCGCCCAUGCCCAGGUGGCAGAGUAGAAGAGAGGACGGAGGUGGACAGAAGGUGGGCCGCCAGUGUUGGGGCCGCAAGAAAAAGAAGAAGUAAAGGGAGACUGGUGGUAGCGGGUGGGGGGAUUGUCUGAGGUGUUGAUGCCAGUGACCAUUUCUGAGGAGUCUGUUUGAGGGUUUCUCUUGACAUGUGGGCCCCACAGCCCAUUCCUGAGACCUCAGAUGUCCUCCCACCGACCCACCACUCGACACCAAGGACCAUGUUCUCUGGAAAAUAAAAUUAAUUUAUGACAGA